AUGGCCUCUGCUGGAAGUGAUGCAAGGGCCCUGAAGUCGUGGGAAGAGGCUUUCACCUAUCCUAUUGCUACCACACGGCAAAUUGAAAAGCAGCUUCGAAAUGACAUCGCAGCCAACAAGGAGAGACUACGGACACUCGUAGGCUCGAGCUAUCGUGAUCUUCUUGGUACCGCAGAUCGGAUCAUCCAGCUAGACCAUCGGAUGCAAGAGACCGAGGAGCUGAUGGGAGAGGUGAGCCUUCAGUGCAAUUCAGAUGUUAUCGACAAGAAGGCUAGGCACCUUGCACAAUUGCAAGAGCAGGCCGCGCAACAAAAAUCAGGUGGGAGGCAGCUUGCAGCUCAGCUCUCUCUUCUCCAGAAAUGUCACAAAUGUCUUCCAAGACUGUUCCGGCGAGGCGGAUCCGUCCUGACCGCCGCGAAGGUGCUGGCAGUGUCGCGGCUUCUGACCAAGCGCAUCGGUCAGGAAGAUAAUGCACCUCCACUCUUGAACUUGAUUAAGGAGCAGCUAACCUCACAGAGACGACGACUACUCAGAAGAGUGGACCUGAUACUCAUCAGUCCCGAGUCAAGCUUACAUCAGCUGAUUGAGGCUAUAUGUGCAUUCUGCAUUGUAACCAGCUCCUCAUCCAAUGAUGCUAUACGCCACUUCCAGGACCUACGACUUGAUGAGAUCAGACGAUUGUCAGAUGCCUCCGAGAAAGGGCGUGAGGGUGUACUUGAAGGCUUUCAUUACUACCUCCAAUCGCUGCGAACGACUCCCAAAUUAUUUGGCCGACAAUUCUCAGACGCAAUGAGAGACUUACGAGGCCAGCCCUUGUUGCGCAGCACUGACAUAGAGUCGCUAGAGGAACUGGAUCUUGCAAAAGUUCAGCAGUUCAUUCCCACUGAGAUCUUGAGCUUCGUGCCGUGGAUCAAGCAUACAGACAGUCCAUUGGCUGAAGCGCCCUCCAUCCUUGGAAAAUGGUCCAAUGCCGCAUUUGAAGACCUCUGCCUGGCUCUCAAACGCACAGCCAAUGAGCUCUCCGAUACCUCUGAGCUGUUGAACUUUCGCAAGCAAGCCCUCGAGGUCUGGCUACCGCUUAGUUCUUCCACCUCUACGCACUCCAAUGCAGAGAUCUUCCAAGCGCUGAGAAGUAUCUUCAAUACUCGCAUCAAGGGUCUGCUGCAUGCCAGAGCAGGAUCGCUCUCGGUCAUUGCAUCCGAUAUCGAGUCGGUUUUGGAGGAGGGUGGUGAUGAUACCACGCCGUCCUGUCUAUCGAUAUGGGAUCAUGACUUGGCGACAGCAUCACUUGGCAAAGGUGCUUCUACCUUCAAGAGACGGCUGAUAGAUCGCCACCUUGGCCAUUCCAAGACCACUACCCUAAUUCUUGCUUCCCUCCAACGUUGGACAGCAGCUAUGUCCAAUAGCCUCGAGCAGAUCGAGCAGGUCCGAACGACGCGGUGGAUCGACUUUAUCGAAGAGGAUGAGGAUGUCGAUGACGAUGGCGAUGGGGACGAUAAGACGGAAACAAUUGAGAGAACUCUCCAGAAGGACGAUCCGGAUCAAUACGAGCAUGAGCACAAGUCAUCACUUGAUACCGCGACACUUGAGUUCCAAAGCAGGAUCAAGGCAGCCGUCGAAACCCUCCACGAGAGCGAAACACCGAAAGCAAUCUUCCUCCUCCGCACCAUCCGAGGCAUAUACCACCACAUGACCAGCUCCAGCAUCCAGCAACAAGACCUCCCGAUCCUUGCUUCCGCAAUCCCACGUCUACACCAUCUGCUCGCCACGAACACCACCUCAACCCUUCUAGGACCCAUCCACACCUCCUCGUCCUUGGUGCAAAGGCACAAGAUAAAGGCCCUGGCUCGUUUAUGGGAAGGCGAUCCGCCGCUCCCGACCCACCCCUCUCCACCGGUGUUCAAGCUGCUGCAGCGCCUGACUGGCAUCAUGGCGGAUCAGGGACCCGAUCUCUGGUCUGGCGAUGCUGUUGAGGAGGUCAAGAGAGCGGUGAGGAAGGAGAUUGUGGAGAGAAAGUUGCUACCGCUGGAAACGAAGGUUUGGGUGAACGGCACAGAGGAGAAGCCGAAACUGGCCAAUGGGACGACAGACGAUGGAGACGGAAGGAAAGCAGACCGGCAAACCUCCACCCAGGUUCUUUUCGAUGUUUUCUACCUCCUCCUCCACGCGUUGGAGCUCCGGGGUGAAAGCGGAUCCGACGCCGUGACCUCGGAGACGCUCAUCCGCCAUCUCAAGGACAGUGUUUCGCGCCAUCUCGACGCAGCCGCCAUGACGGCCUUGGAGUCACGAGCCAAGGAUUACUGGGCCAGGACGAGUCUGCUGUUUGGACUGCUUGCAUGA